UCUUUGACAUUUUUGUUCGGCGUGGUCACACUGUAAGACGCGCUGGACUGUUAGUUUUCUUUUCUAUCUAAAUUAGAAUAUCUUCCGCGAUCCGAAAGAUCAUACAAUAGCACCAGAAAAAUUAUCGACAAAGCAGCCAAAACUGGACGAGCUCAAUGGAUUUUCCAUAUUAAAGUUGUGUUAGUGAAAGAAUUUCCAACUAUGUGCUGCAUUACAUAUGUAACCAAAAAAUGACAGCUGGAAAAAUGAAUGUGCAGCUUUAAUGAGUGCGUAUAAAAACUAAUUGCAUUGGAGAAAUACGGCCAUGUAUGAUGUCUGUGUGACAUGAUGUUUGUUCGUGUACGGAUGAUGCCUUAUUCGCCAUACUUAUUGGUUUUGCUACGCCCUUGUAAAUGCCUUAUCGAGGUUAAACCCGAAGUCUAGUCUAUACCACAUCUAAAAAGAUGAGAUUUGACAUGUCGUAGGCAACACCCAUAUCGAAAACCACGCCUCAUGGAUCCUUAUUACCAUAUAAGACAUCAUUAUCCACCCACAAGCACAGCAGGUUCGGAAGCGGCUGUAGGCAGUUUGUUAACAAUUAACCUUCCGGAACUGCACCAAAAAUGCAACCGAGGUUCGCAGUCCAGUGACACUAGUUCGGCGUACAGCGGCAGCGAUACAAUGGCUUCGAACUAUGCCUCGUCACUGGAGGCCGAGGAGAUUGAUCUUUCCGGUUUGGUGGAGUCCGUCGUAGACUCUGACGAGGAAGAUCUGGCAGAAAGCAUGGAUAGUCUAACUGUGCGCGAUGCAGUGCGUGAUUGCCUGGAAAAGGACCCUGCGGAGCGAAGCGAGGAGGACUUAGAAGUGUUGCUUGAGUUUACGCAAGGCUUAAAGGCGUUUACAAAUAUCACAAUGGCUGUAAGACGGGCGCUUUGUUCUGUGAUGGUAUUCGCCGUGGUGGACAAGGCAGGAACCGUAGUCAUGUCAGAUGGUGAAGAACUAGACUCAUGGUCGGUGCUAAUUAACGGGGCAGUGGAAAUCGUGCAUGCGAAUGACAGACAUGAGGAACUGCAGAUGGGAGACUCCUUUGGCAUCCUUCCCACGAUGGACAAGCUGUACCAUCGUGGUGUUAUGAGAACCAAGUGCGACGACUGUCAAUUUGUGUGCAUCACGCAAACUGAUUACUACCGUAUUCAGCAUCAAGGCGAGGAGAACAUACGGCGACAUGAAGACGAGCAUGGGCUUGUGGUUAUGGUCACCGAGCUUCGAAGCAUUGGAGGCGGCUCUGACUCUGCUGGCGGUGGCGAAUCUGUAACAGGAGUUUCGUCCUCGAUACAUAUGAAACGCGGCCACGUCGUUAUUCGUGGAACUCCGGAUCGGCUGCUACAGCAGCUGGUCGAAGAAAACUCAAUGACCGACCCUACAUACGUGGAGGACUUUUUGCUCACACACCGUAUUUUCAUUCGAAAUCCGCAAGAGGUGACCAGCAAGUUAUUGCACUGGUUUGACCUUAAUGAGGUGGAUGCCCACAAGACGCAAGAACUGCGGGAUCGCGUAACUCGCGUGGUGCUUCUCUGGGUGAACAACCACUUUACCGAUUUUGAAGCAGACUUUGAGAUGAUGCAGUUUUUAGAAGUCUUUGAAGCUCUACUCGAGCGAAAGAAGUUGUUAAGUCAACUGCGUCUUUUACACAUAGCAUGCGCCGCGAAGGCCCGAAUGCGCAACUGUACCCUUACUCGAUCUUCACGUGACGAGCCGCUUAACUUUUGCAUUGUAGGGGGCUAUGAGCUUCGAGGCGUAGCCGUAGCUGCCGGAAACACACCAGUAGGCAUAUACAUUUCACACGUUGAACUGGGCUCCAAAGCCCAAUAUGUUGGACUAAAGCGCGGGGAUCAGAUUCAUGAAGUAAAUGGACAGUCCCUGGACCAUGUGACUAGCAAGAGAGCCCACGAGAUCCUUAUGGGCGCCACUCACUUGAGUAUCAACGUAAAAUGCAAUCUGCUUGGUUUCAAGGAGAUAAUGCAGGCUUUGGAGCUUGGCGGAUCCGAAAGUAUUUCCGUAGGCAGCGGCAGCUUUAAGUUUUUGCGAAGCCCACGCCGUAUCUGUGCCAAUGAUAUUGCUAGGCUGCACGGUCGCUCGGAUAGCACCAGCGACAAAAUGUCUAGCGCUAACGUGACGAGCCGAGCGAACAUGGUGCGCCUAAGUUCGGUUGAUAUGUUACUUGAUCAGCCAGACUGCGCUCCAUCGCAACCAACACCUGUGGGUUGGAGCGGAAACAUGGCUUCCAACUUCAUGCAACAGCUCAUACAAACUGUUAACAGCUCUUCUAAAAAAUCAUCGGGAUCUUCUAUCCCCUUAAACUCAGAUCAGCAAGAUACGAAGGGAGGUUUUAUGACUUUAGCGCCCAAAAGGCGUUUGCAGAAGGCGCUGGCAAAAAUAAAUUUGCUCAAUAAACAACAUAACGAAAAUAGCUUAAAUGAUUCCCCUGAAACACUGCUAAACGAUGUCAAGCCAAAACUCUCAGCGGUCACCUCAUCAAAUAACGGCUGCACUAUUAUUGGAAGUGGCCGACUCUACCAAUCGCAAUCAAAUCCGGAUUUACCUAGCCUCAAAUAUGACAGAGGCAGUGAAGCGGUACGAUAUGAUAUCGAAAGGUUACAGGUAAACUACCUAUGUGCUAACAAUCAUCGGCAGCAAGCAGGCAGUACUUUAAACACAAACGCGACACAGUCUCAUCUUCCCGACUACCCGGAACACGUGCUAAAGGUUUAUAAGGCAGACCAGACAUACAAGUACGUGCUUAUUUACAAGGAGACAACGGCCCACGAGGUUGUAAUGCUGACGCUGCAGGAGUUUGGAAUACACGACCCCAGUUCAAACUUUUCGCUUUGCGAAGUUAGUGUAGGAGAAGGAGGAAUGGUUAAGCAGCGCCGGCUCCCCGAUCAGCUGCAGAAUUUGGCAGAACGGAUAAGCUUUGCGGCACGUUACUACCUCAAACUAAAUGAUAGUACCGAGCCGUUGGUUCCGGACGAUUUGGCGUUAGAGCUAAUUCGCGAGUCAAGUGUGCAUUUCCUGCAGCUAAACGCCUAUGAAUUGGCUAUUCAAUUAACUAUACAGGACUUCGCAAACUUUCGCCAAAUCGAGUCCACUGAAUAUGUAGACGAAUUGUUCGAGUUAAAGUCUCGCUACGGAGUGCCCAUGCUUAGCAAGUUUGCUGAACUGGUCAAUCGCGAAAUGUUUUGGGUAGUGACUGAAAUUUGCGCCGAACACAACAUCGUUCGCCGCAUGAAGAUAGUCAAGCAAUUUAUCAAGAUUGCGCGACACUGCAAAGAGUGCCGAAACUUCAACUCUAUGUUUGCAAUCGUUUCCGGCUUGGGACACGGCGCUGUUUCACGACUGCGUCAAACGUGGGAAAAGUUGCCUUCCAAAUACCAGAGGUUGUUUAACGACCUGCAAGACCUAAUGGAUCCCUCGCGUAACAUGAGCAAGUAUCGGCAACUAGUGUCCGCCGAAUUGCUGGCUCAGCACCCUAUCAUCCCGUUCUAUCCGAUAGUGAAAAAGGAUCUUACCUUUAUCCAUCUGGGAAAUGAUACGACAGUAGACGGUCUUAUCAACUUUGAGAAGCUGCGAAUGCUGGCCAAGGAGGUACGUUUGCUGACCCACAUGUGCAGUUCACCGUAUGAUCUGCUGUCCAUCCUUGAGCUCAAAGGCCAAUCUCCAUCUAACGCCCUUUUCUCGCUUAAUCAAAUGACUGCCUCGCAGAGCAACGCCGCCUGCCCAGUUAUCGCGCCCAACACCAGCCAGUCAACUAUAAAGCGGCGUAAGAAGUCGGCGGCGGCGCCUAACCCCAGGAAGAUGUUUGAGGAAGCACAGAUGGUGCGUCGGGUGAAGGCAUACCUCAACAGUCUCAAAAUUUUCAGCGACGAGGACUUUUUGCACAAAUGUUCUUUAGAAUGCGAGGCGGCCCACGUAUCCAAUUUCUCGGGCAGCAUCUCGCAAGGCAAUACUUCAAACAGAAGCGGAGGUGGAAGUGGCGUGGGUAGCUUCAACCCCAAUGCCGGUGAUCAGUUGAGCAUUUACUCGCAUACUAGCUCCAGUUCAGCACCAAAUUCUUCACUCUCUUUACGCAAAAGGCAUCCAAGUUCACCUACUCUUUCGACUACAAGCUCAACCAGUUCCACUAGUGAUCAUCAAAGGAGACAGAUGAACAACAACGGUCCAAAGUUCGGCACAGCCUCGCCGCAGGCAGUUAAGAAGAUGCUAUCGCUGUCAGAAUCCUCUAAAAUCCGCCCACACCACCCGUUUGUUCCGCGUUACGGAUCCGUUAUGGGUUCAGUUAUUACACCUCUACAUCACAUGCAUCCAUCGCAUGGUUUUAGCGCACCGUCAGCUGGGGGAUUGACUAUGCCAGCGUCAAGUGUUGUAGCAAAUGCGCAGUGCACUUCGAGUCCUAGUCCCUGUUCCCAUAGACGCUUAGCAUCAGGAGGAAACAUACCCGCUCGCGCAAUCCAUGAGCGUUCGAGUUCUGACACUCCAGCACCGCCACUGCCCUCGGUUGAUCUCUCUCUUGAGAGCAGCAGUGUAACUACACUACGCGAUUUGCCAUUUCGCAAAUCUUUAACUUCCGUAAUUUCAAACCCAACAGGUUCCAUCUCGUCCUGUGACAGCGGCUACGUGCAUCAGCAGUGUCAAUAUCACUUGCAGAACCAGCAUCCAAAGUGCAGCUCGCAAUACGAGCUAUCCCCACCGGUCUAUACUGCAGCUGACUGCCGCUUGCUUCAGCAAAUAUCAAAAAACGCGGUGACCCGUAACAUAAGCAGUCCCUGUCAGGGCACAGAUACACCACUCAGCACACCCCCGUCGACCCAGCCCGCAGCUACCAUUCACCAUUCCGAACCGCCGACGGCUACAGCAUACAUGCACGUACGCAGCCAAUAUCAGCAGCUCCAGCAACAAGAAAUAUUGGCCAUGCCACCUCCGCCUUCACCGCUAUACAAUUUUCCCAUGGCCAACCUCUACAGCCACCAGCAAGACAAUACUGGCAGCAGACACCUAAACCGCAUGCAUGAUAUUCCGCGAAAUCGUACAGAUAGCACCAAUUGUACAACAUGCCCCAUGACACCCAUGAAUAAAUAGUAAAUCAACAAGUUUUAA